GAGUUUCAUCUACGCCUUCCUGACCAGAGGCCGUCCCGUCCCGCUGCUCUUCGUCCUCUACGCUGCCAUCUUCUGCUCCAUCAACGGCUUCCUGCAGGGUCACCACCUGCUGCACUGCGCCCGCUUCGGAGACGCCGGGCUGACGGACGCCCGGCUGGCUGCAGGUUUUCUUCUCUUCGUGGCUGGUUUGACCAUCAACAUCCACAGUGACCACAUCCUGCGCAACCUGAGGAAACCUGGAGAGAUCGUCUACAGGAUCCCCUACGGGGGAAUGUUUGAGUUUGUGUCCGGUGCAAACUUCCUGGGAGAGAUCGUGGAGUGGUUCGGUUACGCUGUAGCUGUGUGGUCUUUACCCGCCUUCGCCUUCGCUUUCUUCACCGUCUGCUCCAUCGGGCCCAGAGCCUACCAGCACCACAGAGACUACCAGCAGAGGUUUGAGGACUACCCUCGCUCCAGGAAAGCUAUUAUUCCCUUUAUCCUGUGAGGAUUGGGGAGCGCCUGUAACAAACUUUUGGUGGGGGGUUUAUUUUUCUUCUUAAAUUAAGGCCAUUACUAAAGAUGACCCACUCUCAGGAUUGUACUGAUGGUGCCAGACCUCCACACCCAGAGAGUAAAAGACUGGAAAGAUAAUGUGAGUUCAGGUAGAUGGGGGCCAACCAUAACUACACCAACAGAUCAUAUCUAUCUAUCUAUCUAUCUAUCUAUCUAUCUAUCUAUCUAUCUAUCUAUCUAUCUAUCUAUCUAUCUAUCUAUCUAUCUAUCUAUCCAUCCAUCUGUGUAUUAAAAUGAGUCCAUAUUUGGUCCUGACCCACCACACUGUGAAUAAACUGAGCCCCCGGCUGUGUCCAAACACACCCAAUGGUUCCUUAAGCAUCCCAAAUGUUUGCUCUAUCGGAUGUGGUUAUGGAUGUGGUUAUGGAUGAGUUACAGGACAAGCAGUUUACUCACCAACAAGCCAUCUGCUUCUUGACUUAGAUUCCAGGGAAUUGAGUAACUGGAAUCAGCUGAUGAGCCAUUUGUUACUUUCUAUAAACAUGUUAUGUUGCUAUCUCCUGAAGCAACAGGCAACACACUUGCUUAGAGGUACAUCUGAGUCUUUUAUACCUGAAGCCUUUUAACAUGCUAUGUAGAGGCAGAUAUGUCAAAGUCAAAAGUCAAAGUCGGCUUUAUUGUCAAUUUCUUGUUAGGGCUUACAAAGGAAUGGAGAAGACGUUUCUCACUAUGGUGGAACAGAUAAAGUGCACAGGCACAACAGAUAAGACAGAUGUUUCCUAACACUACAGAGUAAACAUUGAAGUGCACAACAUUUACUAAUAUAAAAAAAUAGAAUAGAUAGACAGUAAGAUAAAAUGAGAUUUUGGAGUCUACUUUUGUAUAUGUAGGAAGUAGCAGCAUAAGUUUCUGUAUAGUUAAGUUGUGGUAGUGCAAAAAGUUUGUAAGAUGUAUUAUUUAACAGAAACAGUGCAAA